GUCCACUUCCUGUUAAAGCUCCAGUAACAAGUCCACUUCCUGUUAAACCUCCAGUAACAAGUCCACUUCCUGUUAAAGCUCCAGUAACAAGUCCACUUCCUGUUAAACCUCCAGUAACAAGUCCACUUCCUGUUAAAGCUCCAGUAACAAGUCCACUUCCUGUUAAACCUCCAGUAACAAGUCCACUUCCUGUUAAACCUCCAGUAACAAGUCCACUUCCUGUUAAAGCUCCAGUAACAAGUCCACUUCCUGUUAAACCUCCAGUAACAAGUCCACUUCCUGUUAAGGUUCCAGUAAAAGGACUGGUUUCCACUAAAACACUGGUAACAGGACUAGCACCAGUAAAAGGACCAGCUUCAACCCAACCUUCAGUAGCAGAACCAGUAACACCAGUACCAGGACCAGGUGCUGUGAAAACGUCGGUAAAAGGACCGGUUCCGACUAAAACCCAGGUGACAGGACCAGUUUCAGUCCAAACUCCAAUAACUGGACCAGUCCCAGUCAAAACACCGGCAACAGAACCAUCUUCAACCAAAACUCCAGUAACAGAACCAGUCCCAGUUAAAGCUCCUGCAACAGAACUGAUUUCAACCCAAACACCAGUAACAGAACUGGUUCUGACCCGUAAACCAGUAACAGGACCAGUUCCGGUUAAAUGUCCUGUAACAGAACUUGUUCUGACCCAUAAACCAGUUACUGGACCAGUUCCAGUUAAAGCUCCUGCAACAGGACUAGUUUCAACCCAAACACCAGUAACAGAACUGGUUCUGACCCAUAAACCAGUAUCAGAAACUGUUCCAGUUAAAUCUCCAGUAACAGAACUAGUUUCAACCCAAACGCCAAUGAAAGGAUUAGUUCUGACCCAUAAACCAGUCCCAGGACCAGUUCUGGCCCAAUCACCAGCAACAGGACCGGUUCCUGAGGUCCAAAGCCAGAGGCUGCCAGAACCUCAACGGGACCUUCAGCCCCACCAGGAGGACUUCUGUGAGAACAUGUCGACCCAGUCCGACAAUCAGUCAGCGUUGUCCAGUCUCUCCUCCCAGUCUCCUCCCUCCUCCCCCUUCAUCGCCUCCUCAUCAGAGAACCCUCCCCCCCUGCUCCCUGCUCAGGACCCCCACCCCACCGACCUCAGUCUGCCGCCGCAGCACCAGGCGGCGAAGCCUGACGAAACGCCACCGGAUUCCCAUCAUGCAGCAGAAGCCGAGGCCGAACCCAUCUACCAAUCAGACGAUGAGUCUGAGAGCCAAUCGCUGGGCGGCCCCUGGGAGAUGAAGGCGUGGCCUGAGGGGCGACAGGUUCUGACUCACCUGGUGGAGGGCUUCGUCAUCCAGGAGGGUCUGCAGCCGUUUCCUGUGAACCGAUCCUCCCUGCUGGUUCCGGAGCAGGUGCCCAAACCCCAGGAAGUGAACGGGACCAACGGGAGGCCGGCGCUGCCCGCAUCAGAACCCGUGAAGCCGACGGAGCCGUCCACAGACUCGGAGGAAGAGGACGGCGGAGACACCGGCGACCCGGGGAACAAGUCGGGCCACAGAGACCGGACGGUGCUGCACUGUCAGUUCUGCGGGAAGCGAGGCCACGCCCACAACUUCAUGCGCUCCAAACGGUUCUGCUCCACUUCCUGUGCUCGCGGUUUCAACGUCCGGCUGACGAAGCGCCUGAGGGCCCUGAGCGCCGGCAGCCGGUCCGAGAGGCCCCGACCGGCUCUGAACCGGGCCGAGUCGGUACCGGGGAAACCUCUGCUGCUGCGCUUGCCCCGGGACCUCUGGAGCGCCGGGCGCCGCGAGAAAGACAGGAAGGAGAAGCCGGCGGCGGCGGAGCAGAAGGCCGAGGAGGAGGACGACCCGGGGGCGUCUCCGCACGGCUUUGCAGAGGCGGAGGACGACGACGACGACGGAGGAGAGGAGGAUCCUGCUGUUGCCAUGGCAGCCAGGAUGGAGCGGCGGGCGGCGCGGCGCGCGCGCAGGGCGUCGGCGCCGGCCGUCACGGCCUCGACGCCGAGCACCACGUUCCGGCCCGCCCCGGCCCAGUGGAGCGUGGAGGAGGUGACGGCCUUCAUCCACACGCUGCCGGGCUGCGGCGACGUGGCCGAGGCCUUCAGGCUGCAGGAGAUCGACGGCCAGGCUCUGCUGCUGCUGACCGAGGAUCACCUGAUGACCAGCAUGAACAUCAAACUGGGUCCAGCACUCAAGAUCUGCGCUCACAUCAACGCCCUGAAGAACCAGUGAGAGGACGGAGGCGAGCCCAGAGGCGAGCGCAGGGGGGGGGGCGGCGCUGAGGAGGCAAUAAAGACGAGAAAUCUGGAAACUUCGGGGUUGGUGUGCUUUCAAAGGACCGAAGCUGACACCAAGGAUGACAGAUCAAAGUCACAAAAAGAGGAAAUUGUUGGUAAUUUAUAAUUUAUGAUGUUGUGAUGGAGGUGUGGCCUUAGCGGACCGGACCGGACCGGAGCAGAACCUCGUCUGUGUAGCAGGAAACCACGAGGAGUUUUGUACCUUUCUGUAUAUUUUACAAGCCACUGGAGAGUGUACAUUUCAAACUAUUUCAUGAAGGAUUUUCAACAUUUAAUAUAUGAAAUUUGUCUAUUUAGUUUUUUUAGAGCGUGACGUCAAUGACAAAUCUAUCCCUGUAGCUAACAUAACCAGUGUGUGUGUGUGUGUGUGUGAGAGACUCUGUGUGUGUGUGACUGAGUGUGUGUGUUAAAGGAAGAAGACGACAAUAAUCUGUAGUUUGAACGUCAUUCAUCAAAGUUUAAUGUUUUCUAUCAGGUUCUGGACAGAAACUCGUCUCGGUUCAAAGCGUCGCCAUCAGGGUAGCGAGCAGCGUCUUCAGUCGUCACAUUUUUAUGAUAUCCUGCUUGAAAUUAUUUAAUAAAUAAACAAUUAACCAAA